CACAAAAUUUCAAAAAAAAAAAUUCUUUCUUCAAGGAAAAAAUAGUAUAAAUUUUGUCAUUAAAAAGCAACAAAACAUGUUGUCAGUUCGGAAAUUUUGCCUGAAAUUGCAUCAAUUCUUUCAAGUAAACUAUCCGUACAUUUGGUUCAUGUCCGUUUUCACGAUUGUGUUCAUCGGCUUCCUACACUACGAGCUCAAGCACAACAGCCGUGACCUGAUUUACUGGAAAGAUCUACUCGAUUUCUGCUACAAUGAACUUGAGCAUUUUGCACUCAUACUCAUCAUGGUUGUUGUACUCAUUAAAGUCAUUUUUCUUGCUUUCAUAAUAGUUAUGAACUCACGUUCAUUCACCUGGUUUGACGAACUCUCGCAGUUGGAGGUGAAGAAACGCUAUGCGGAUUUCCUCUUCAUACGCCUCAUUGCCGAUAUUGAUAAAAUCGAAUCGAAAUACCUGCGUAGUGCCAAAGAGAAUGAAAUUGCCUCACUCAAGAGUUUCAUUUUGGCUCAUGAGGAUAUGCGUAAGACGAUUGACAAUUUCCGUAAGGACGCACGUAAGUUGUUGACACCGAAUGAGAUUGAAGUAUCGCUGCCGAUUGACGAGGUCUAUGGACUGAUGGAUGAUGAGGAGAAACUGAUGCGUCGUUCACGUUUCUAUCAUAUGGAUAUUUCGGCUGAUGAUGAGCUAAUUAAGUCGCUGGUGAAUCCGUAAUUAAAAAAAAUUUAAACACAUUUGUAAGGUUUUAUGGGAGAUAUAUAUAUAUAUAUGUAUACAUAUGUAGAUAUAUAAGUCAAUGGGAUUAAUGAUAAACGGAAAAUGACUUAAAUAAAAAAAUUUCGGCAAAUGUUUAUGUUAAAAAAUGUUCAACUACAAAAUGAGAGCAAAUA